CAUUGUCUCUGCUCAAUUAUUCCGAUUGCGACUGACCACCAGCACUGAUCGACAAUGUCCUCGUCGUUGGUCUCACUCCGCGAUGCCGAUGUGGAACGAGAGGUCGAGGACGAAACUCGACGUCAGCCUGCGAUGGAUGGCGUCGAAGAGGGGUCCGACGACGAUCUCUUUGGAGCCGACGACGAUCCCGAGGAUGUAGCGAGGGGGAAGACGUCGCUUCGACCGGAAGGCAACGAGGCUGAGAAUGAAGAGAGCAGCGGCAAGGUGCAGCCUCGGAGAAGUGUUUCGGAUCGAAGCUCAUCACCAUCGUCAUCGGCGAGCCAUCCUGCCAAAGAAAGAGCACCUCGCAGGGGUUCCGACUCCGUGUCCGCUUCGGAGCCAGACGAAGACCAGGCCGACCUAUCGGCUCUGGAGCACCGUGAGACAUCCAUCGAGCCUCCUAUGGGCUACAGGCAAGGGGUUGGCCAGUUUCGGCAGGAGCAGGAACAGCAAGAGGAAGUGCAAGAGGCCUCGUUUUCCUUGCCAUCAUUGCCGCUGAGGAGAGGUGCUCCCCAUUACUUUGCUAGGCUUCCCAAUCUGCUUCAAUACAGGCCGGAAGCUUUUGAGGAAGCCGACUUCGACGAAAAACUAGAGGAUGAAGUUUUGCGGAACAAAGAAGGCUUCCAGAUCGACGAUGCAGGCCUGAGAAGUCUCUUGACAACCAAUAAUACCAUCCGUUGGCGCUGGCAUCAAGAGCCGGCCAAGCAGCAGGAAAAUAUGCAGAGCAAUGCACGCAUCAUUCGGUGGAGCGACGGGUCUUCUUCGUUACAGCUUGGCAAAGAAUUCUACGACAUACAAGAGACGCGCGAGAGAGGCGCUGCGGCGGCCGCGGCAUCGUCCUCGACAUCGUCGCCUGUAACGAACGUUUCGCAGCCAGCACAAUACUUGACGCACAUCUUUGUGAAGCAUGAUGGUCAGGAAGCGCUCAACAUCUAUCAGGCUGAAGCGCCCGUUAUGGCCAGCAUGACGCUUCGGCCCACCUCGACGGCCAGCGACUCGCACCAGCGUCUAGCACGUGCCGUGCGCCACCAGCGUGGCACCUUGGUCAAGGAGGCUAAGCUCGGCAUGGACCCAGAGUUGGAAAAGGAGCGCAAGGAGCGCGAAGAUCGCAAACGGGAACAGAAGCGAGCCAGAGAGCUGAAAAGGAGGCGAGGUGGCGCAGGCGCAGAGGGCGGCGUUGCCGAAGAUGCAGAUGACGAUGCUUUCUGGGCAAAUGUUUCCAGGACGAGGAGGAUGGGACCCGACGAUCUUUCGACAGCGGCAGCGAGAUCGUUGGGCGCAGGAAAAUCGAAGACGAUGGCUGGUGUGGGAUCCAAGCAGCACCUCGAUGAGGUUGUGGAGGGCGUCGAUGAUGUGAGUCGUCGUUGUCCUCUUCUUUGUUAUCUGUCCCGUUGCGCGUAAAGCCAAGCAGAAACUGACGGGCUAUUAAAUUGACGCAAUAGGACGGCUUCGUUGUCGAUGACGAGGAUGAGGGCAUCGACGAUGCUGAAGGCUCCGACGAUGACGAUGAGAUGGAAGGUCAAGCACAAGAAGACGAGGAACCGGACGAAAUGGAAAAGAUGGAGGCUGAAAUGGUAGGUGCUGCCCAAUCUUUUGCGCUAUUCAACAGAAGCCAGAAUUAAUGGAACAGCGGCUUUGA